GCCCUCAAAAGUAUCUUGUGUUUCCCAGAAUUGGAUGGAUGAAUCUGAUGGUUCAAGCGAUUCAAUUCUAAAGCAUAAACCUCUUUGGGCUACUUAUGGCCCUAAGCAUGGCAAAGGGAAGAAAAAGAGAAUAGAAAGGAAACAAGGAGAUAUAUACCGGACUUAUGGAACAAGAGUUAUUCCAGUAUUUGUGCUAUCAUUAGCCGAUGUGGAUGCACAUCUUAUGAUGGAAGAUGAAAGUCUUGUAUGGACGCGCAACGAUGUUGUGCUUGUACUUGAGCAUCAAAGUGAAAAGAUACCUUUGAGUUAUGUCUCAGAAAUUGAGAGAAGAUAUGCUUUUCCAUCACAAGCGCAGCGUCAUAUACUGGCUGGGCUGGCUUCUGUUGUGGGUGGGUUGAGUGCGCCAUAUGAGAAGGCUUCUCAUGUACAUGAAAGGCCUGUUGUAAAUUGGCUUUGGGCAACUGGUUGUCAUCCGUUUGGACCAUUCUCUAAUACUUCCCAAAUCAGUGAAAUGCUUCAAGAUGUUGCUUUGAGGAACACAAUAUAUGCACGUGUAGAUUAUGCCCUUCACCGAAUUCGGGAUACAUCAGAGACGGUCCAAGCUUUUGCUGGAGAAUAUCUGAAAACCCCUCUUGGUGAACCAGUCAAAGGCAAAAAGAACAAGUCAAGCACUGAGCUAUGGUUGGAGAAGUUCUAUAAAAAGACAACGAACUUACCAGAACCUUUCCCGCAUGAAUUAGUUGAACGGCUAGAGAAAUACUUGGAUAGCCUCGAGGAACAGCUUGUAGAUUUGUCUUCCCUGUUGUAUGACCAUCAGUUACAAGAUGCACAUUUGAACAGUUCAGAAAUUCUGCAGAGCACCGUCUUUACCCAACAGUACGUAGAACAUGUUCUGGCUAGCGAGAGGGAGAAAAUGAGAUGCUGCAAUAUUGAAUACAGAUUACCUGUGCAGUCUUCUCAAAAUUACAUAUAUGCAGGAAUUCUAGUGGCAGGAUUCUUUGUAUAUUUUGUUGUAAUUUUCUUUUCAUCUCCUGUGCGUUGAAUGAUAGUAUAUGGUAAUUAACACCCAGAAAAUUGGUUCAAAGGCAUAAUUGUUGUUAUUUUGAGCGAAUGCAGUUAUUGUCAUAUAUAAUUUUGAGAGAGGAAACUGAUUUCGUUUUCAUGAAA